GUUUUUGUGAUCGCGUUAGUUUGACAGAGUAAAUUUUCUGCUAACUCUGUCGUAUAACCUCGAUUUAAGUAAUCAACUUUUAUUGAGCAAUUGACUGAAUAAUUUUUCGUAUUGUUGGCUGUUGGUCUUCUGUUCGGUAGAUAAAAAAUGCCAUGGAAUUAUGAUAAUAUGUCUUGGACAGAUGUACGAGACUUGUUCAGAACUUGGCGAGAAGAUUCUGAACGCAAGAGUGAAGAUGUGGUUGAGCUAUGGGAAUCCAUAUUAAUAGAGAAGAUCCAUAAAUUAGGAAACGAAAAAUAUUUAGUCUUAGAACAAGUGUGUGUGGCUGCCUUGGAUUGCAAUCGUUUAUCAGUUGCCAAAGAAUGUAUUGAUUUAUUGGAGCAAGAAUUUCCAGGCAGCCUGAGGGUGCUGAAAUAUCACGCAAUGCACAUGGAAGCCUUGGAAAAAUACGAUGAGGCCCUCAAGAUUUUGGACUCCAUAAUCAAAAGAGAUGAAACUAACGCAGCACCAAGAAAAAGAAGAUUGGCAAUUCUAAAGGCACAAGGUCGAAUAACUGAAGCUAUAAAAGAACUCACCGAGUAUUUGAAAAAGUUCAUGAGUGACCAAGAAGCAUGGCAUGAAUUGUGUGAUUUAUACCUGCAAGAGCAAGAGUAUGCUAAAGCAGCUUUUUGCAUGGAAGAAUUAAUUUUGCACAACCCUCAUAGUCAUUUGAUUUAUCAGCGAUAUGCAGAAAUUAAGUAUACCCAGGGUGGAUUCGAUAAUAUGGAAUUGGCAAAAACUUAUUUCGCUCAAGCAAUCAAGUUGAAUCCCAACAACGUACGAGCACUUUAUGGGCUAUUAUUGGUGGCAAACAACAUUGCUUUAUCAGCAAAGUGUCCUGCUUCAAAGAAAAAGGAUGCAAUAAAGCUUGGCAAUUGGGCUGCAACUCAAAUUCAGAAAAGGUAUGCUUUAAAAGCAACAGAAAAAGAUGUUAAAAAUGUUGUAGAUGUACUAGGGCAAUUACAAUUAGAGUCAUAGACAUAUAUUAUAUGAAUGUAUAUGUAUUUGGUACGCUGAUGGAUGUACGGAGAGAUGCUAUCUACUGAUGUGUUUGAAACAUUGAUCCAUUGGAACUAUGAAACCUUCCUAGUAUAUCACAUAUGCAUACAGUAUACAUAUUUAUCAAGUUAAGUAUACAUAAGUAUACACACUGUUUAUUUGCAUUUUAUUUGAACUCCACAUGGUACGUAAAUAUGAUGUAUUUCGUGUAUGGCACUGUUGUAAGAAAUUAUCUUUCCAGUAGUUGUAUUUCCUAUUUGUGAAGGUUUCUAAAAGAAUAUGUUUAUAUUGUUAUUUAAUAUUAUUCAUCAUGAAUAUUAAAUUUAUUGAAUGAAAAAAUAAAUAAUAAUACCGAUUAUUUACUGUCGGUCUGACAAAACAUGAGUUCAUAGAUUUGCUUUUGACAUCCAUGGAUGUCUACGUAUGUUUUGAAACGGGAUCUAUACGUGAAGAGCUUUUGAUGUGACGGUACAUGAACAACAUUUAGGCGACCUUGAGAAUUGAAGUCGAAUAGCACCUUUAAAAAUACUGUGGUAUUUUGAAAAAAGACCACGUUUGCAAUUUCUACUCGCAUGAUGUCUUUGCUGAGAAAUAAUAAAUGGUAAAAAAGUAUUUUUAUUCGUGUAAAAGUGCGUUUUAAAUAAAGUAAAAAGCAGGUUUGUUAAAUAAACUUUUACCACUUUUAUAUUUAAAAAAGAUUUAGUCAUCUUGCAGUUUUUGACUUAAUAUUUUUUUCCCAAUUCUCUUUAUUCUUUGCCCUCUGUUCUGCUCUCUUCAUUCUUCUUUCUUUUCUUGUUUCAUCUCCAUGUCCGAAAUAUCUUACACGGAAGUCUAAUACAUUCGAAUCAUCAAUUGGAUCAUCAUCCUACAAAGAACAAAAACUGUUAAUCUUACGCUUAGAACAAAAAUAUAUAGGAUUCUGUAAGGUUCAUUUCGGACAGCGAAAUGAAAUCUUUCUACCAACUGUUCAAAUUUGCAAAUUCAUGAUGCUCCUAUGUACCUGAGGAUCUCGAAUUUUCUUAUAAGUGAGCAAGCGGCGACUUGUAUAUGUACUCAGAAUCUGUUCCGAAUUGGCAAUUAAUUGCAAACAUGGAUGUGAAGGAAGCUGCUCGUCUGCAUAGUGCUCCCUGUAGGAUCAUGUAUACGUUCAUUUACAUGACAUUCAACACAGCACAUUAUUUUUAUUACUUAAAUUAUUAUUAUGUGCAACAUUUGUUGUUUAUGGAUUGUUUGUAUUAAAAUAAAUAAAAUUAAAACAUUUUGAAAUACA